CUUUAAAAAAUAUCAUAAUUUCUGUUUGAAACAAAUAAUUAAAGGCUUCAUCACUUAAGAUCUAAUCUAGAUCUACAUUUAGAGUCUGUAUUUUAUAAAAUAAGAUAGAUCUAGAUCUAAUUAGACUUAGAGUAGUUAGAGUCUAAAGAAAGAAAAAGUCGAAAUAGUCUUUUUUUUUUUCGCAAUUUUUUUCUUGACGACCAGCAUAGCAACACUAACAAUGUCUCAAACGGAAUGACAGAAAUUUCUGAAGCAAACAAAACAAACUCCUAUAAAGUUAGGGAAAACAAACAUGGAUUCAAGAAUCAUAUGUAAAUAGUUUGCUAGUAUCUGGAGAUAAAACUUGCCUUGUAUAAUGGUGAAGUUAUCCUUAGAACUUAUCGCAAGGGCAACCUCUGGAUAUACCAAAAAGAAAAAAGAUGAAACAUUACCUCAGUUUGUUGGAAGAUUGACUCACAUCUACCUGGAGAAUAAAAACAUAGAUGAUGUGGGUGACUGCUUAUCUUUAUGUCGAAAUUUAACAGUCUUGUACUUGUAUGAUAACCAUCUCAACAACAUUCCUUGCCUUGCCAACAGCAGUGGCCUAACACAUCUAUAUUUACAAAAUAAUAACAUCAGUAUUAUUGAGCAUUUAUCCUCACUACAGCAUUUGCAGAAACUAUUUAUUGGAGGAAACACAAUAACAGUAGUAGAGGGUUUGGAGAAAUUAGACAAAUUACAAGAGUUACACAUUGAGAAUCAGCGAUUGCCGAUCGGGGAACAACUUUUGUUUGAUCCGCGUACAUUACAGGCAUUAGGAACAAAUUUACAAGUGUUAAAUGUUUCUGGCAACCAUUUGACCAGUUUAUCAGACCUUAAGCAGCUGCCUAAUUUGACACAUUUAAUGGCAGCAGAGAAUGAACUAAACGAUAUGAAAGAAUUGACUCAGCUUUUAGUGUUGUGGACGUUUCUCACCAAACUUGAUCUUUCUGGAAAUCCAUUGUGCCAAAGAACUAAAUACAAAGACAGAGUUAUUGUCCUUGGAAAAAACUUGGAAAUGCUUGAUGGGAAAAGUAUAACAGACACAGCACGUCAGUUUUUGGUCAAUUGGCAAGCCAAUAGAGAUGAAAACAGAAAAAAACUUGAAGAAAUCCGCAUUCGAGAAGAUUCAUUUGCUUCAUUUCCCAAUACAUAUACAGGAACUGAACUGCCUCCAUUAAAAAGCAUACCUACCAGAUUGAAAGGUGUUGGAGGUUAUAUAAUGCCAGGAAUGCAGAGACGACAAUUUGAUGAAAUUUUGGCCAAAUCAUCAGUUACAGACAACGACAAACCAAGAAAUGGUAUUCUGAGAGCAAAGUUUGGACGAGGAAGAAUACUCAGAAUGGGAGUUCCUGAGUCAGCACCUUUGUAUCGACUUCCAAGACCAUUAAGUGUUGAGAGCAUUCAUCUUUCACAUUCUGCCCGUCGACAUAAAACAUAAAAUUCUUUCAAGUUUUAAUUCUUAAUCUUAUCCUUUAAUUUCUGAUUUGAAAAUUUAACUUUUUAAAAUAAUUUUAUGAAUGAGUUUGUUUUAUGUGUGAAAUCAUCUUUAAAAUAUGUUAAAAUAGAUACAAACAACAACACAGAAAUGUGUUAAUUCCUAAUUUGUUUUAUUAAUUUACUAAUUAAAAUGAAAUGUCAUUAAAUUUUUAUUUGGGGUGCUACAGUGAAAUUCAGUAUUAAAAGAAUCAUCACUCUUUAAUGCAUGUGUUCAAAAAAAAAUAAAAAAUUAUUUCAUUUCAUUUUUCACAAUGCUUUUUAUUCACCAAAAAAAUAUUUCAUUAUUUUGCAUGUAUUUUUUUUAUAUUCAGAAAUAUAUUUUUUAACAGCUAAUAAUUUUAGUCAACACUAAGAUUUAGAAAUAAAAUAUUAAAGUCAUUCAUUUUUAUAUUCUAACUUAGUGCAGCUUUUGCUAUAUUAACAAAUAUUUAUAGAGGACUGACAGGAGCUUACAAUGUAUCAAUCAUUGAUGAGAUAAAAUCAAUUCCACCUGAACUGAUUUUAAACGUCAAUUUUUUAUUGGUUAUAAUUUAGGAAAAGCAUUUCUAUUUUUGUAUUCAGUAAUAUUUAUUUGUAACAAAUUUUUAAAUAUAGAUAGAAAAAAGAAAACCAUGUCCAAGCCCUUUAAAUAAAUGUAAUUUGUAUUUAACUAUCAGUCAUUAUUCUUGCAAGUCAGGAACUUGGUAUCCCAAUAGUGCUUCAAUUUCUGUUGGCUUCUAGUUUGUUUUGCUUGUCACUUUCCUAGCAGUAUUAUUGCACCAAUGCUUUUUUGUUCAUUAAGGCUGAAAUUUGUUAAAAGGCUUAGAAGAAAAAUAUUUUGUAUGCUAAAUUUGAUAGAUUAUUCAUUUUUGAGGUGUGUGUGUGUGUAUGUAUGUAUAUAUAUUUUUUUUUUAUUUUUUAUUUACUUAUUGUAUAGUAAGUAUUCAUAUAUGAAUACUUACUAUACAAUGUUGCAGUACUAAAAAAAAAUUGUUUUAGGGAUAUUUUGCAUCUUACUAGGGUUUUAAAGACCUGAAUACCUGUAGUCUGCUUUUUUUUUUUAAUUUUAUCACUUUUAGGGAUGUGGGGUGGGAUUAUUUACAUUAUUUAUUUUUGGGGGCUAUUUAAGAUUUAAAAAAUCUAUGUCAUAUUUAUAUUUGAAGUUUUUAGAUAUAAUUUUUUUUUUAACAAAAUUAAAAAAUACCUAAAUAUUUUGAUUCUCUUGAAAACAAAUCUAUUGAAUGUAUUCUCUCACUAAUUGCCUUACUGUGUUAAUAACUGUGUUCAAUUUCUAGAAUUAGUAUAUAGAUAUAUAAUUGUGUAUAUAAUGAAUAGUUAUCUCAUACUUCUUAUUGAUUACUUUGGACCAAUUUUGUUUAUAUUAGUCCAAAGCUGGACAUUUUGGUUUUUGGUGCAGCCGUUUUGGCACACCCAAUUUGGCAUGAUGACAGUUUUGGUGCAAGAGACUUUUUGGGGUGAAAUGUUUUGUCAUUUUGUGUGUGUGUGUGGGGGAAUAUUAUAGACAAAAAUUAUUGUAAUUUUUUGUUCAUUAGAUUUGGAAAUAAAUUAGAUGAGUAUUUAUUAUUAUGUCUGAUAACAACAUAAUGUAUUUUUGUUUAUUAAGUGGAACAUUUUUAUUUUCAAACUAUUUGUUUAAGUAAUUAUGCUAAUUUACAGGUACAAAGUGGAAAAAAUAAAGUAAAAAAAUCAAUACAUAUUUUAUUUGACACAAAAAUGGUUUAUUUAAUUAAAUUAGUUUAUGGUAGGAAUCUGACUUUCAAAACAUUUAUUUUUAAAAAAUUGGUGGAUGGGGGUAGAACUCAUAAUAUACAUACAUAUAGUAAAAUAAACUUUAUUAUAAAAUCUAUGUUUCUUAAAUUAGUCAGAAUAUCUCAUGUCAAAACAUCUGCUGUGCCAAAAUGGCUGCACCAAAAUAGUUAUGCUAAAACAGCUGCACCAAAACGUCAGAUACUGUCCUUUUCUUUAUCUAACUUCAUUUAGUAGUGAGUGCUGUGAAUUUGUGACAUAAAAUAUUCGGUCACCAUUCCAUGAACUUCAAGUCCUUAUGGGGAGGGGGGGGGGCUGUGUUUUGUUUCCCCAGUUCCAAUCAAGCAUAGUGAAACUAGUAACAAAUAAUCUUUCUCACUGUUACACAUAUGCCUACUGUAUUCACCAGUAAAUUAUUUUAUGGACAAAGAUAUUGGCCAUACUAUUUUUUUGGUUUUACUUUAUAAAAUACUUCUUUAAAAGCUUCUAUUAAUCACAUAAAAAGUUCCUCAGAAAUUGAUCUGGACCAGAGAACAGUGCAUGCUUAGCAAUACAGCCAUGUUUUAGAGCUACUGCUAUAUACACAUCAUAUUAUCAAUUUUCAUUCUAUGUGAGUUUUUUUUUGGGUCUCCUUGUGUUUUUUCCUAGUUGUUUAGAAAGCUAUGAAAUAGAAUACUAACAGUUUCAAAAUGAUCUGACUGCUAUUUAUCUUGACUACUUAAUUGUACACUUUAAAGUGCUUUUCUAAUAAUUGAUAGUCUUCUUCAGGACUCUGAACAAUCAAAGUAGGAAGUUUAUCAAAGUAUAGAGACUUUAUAUUUUUUUGUUUAAACUAAGAACUACCAGUACAUCAGUGUUGUUGGAUCUCAUCAGAGCUUGCAUAUUGUUUUCACAUUUAAUAGACACCCUGCUCAUUAACCAUUGGCUAAAGAAACAGAUGACCUUAACAUCAUCUGCCCUAUAGAUCACAAGGCCUGAAAGGGGAACUUUACUUUCUUUAAAAGGCCAAAUGUAAUAUAUUUUAUAUUGAAGGCUGUUUAUUAUUAUUUUUUGUUGCUUAUUUGCAUAGUGUCUAAUUUAUAAAUACAUAUACUUGAUAUCUAUUAUUACAUACAAUCUAUAUGUCAAUGUUUUUUUGAUAAAUAAAAUAUCUUACAAAAAUUGAUUCUGGUAUAUUUGUGUUGAUGUGGACAACAUAUCAAAUAACUGCAUACCAGUGGCGCCACUAGGGUGAGUGUCAACCAGUGCUGUAGGCUCAGGGUCUCAACCCCCCCUCCCCAACAACAGUCUCCAAACAUUUCCCAAUAUUGUUAGACAAAUGUAAAAUGAGUCUCUAUUCUGUUUUAAUUGUGAUUGAUUAUGACAUUUUAUCCAUGGUUACUACAUGUAUUAAGAUGUAUUAAAUAAGAAAUAGACUUUACAUUAACUAAA